UAUUAAAAAAUCUCAGAAUUUUUUACUUAAAACAAGAAUUUAUUUUUGUUUCAAGAAUAUUGUAAAACUGUAUUCAAGAAAAUCGAAUUUACUUAAUUUGAAUAUUUUAUAAUAUAUUAAUCUAAGAAAGUUGUCUUCUUUAAAGUUUAGAGUAAGAGCCUUAGAUCUCGAAGAAAACACACGCCUUAGAUUUCAAUGUAUCCAAUUAUAUAUUAUUUUUUAUUACAUAAACUUGACCACACUUUCGAUUGGUAAACGUUAUUAUUAAUUUAUAUUUUCAGGGCAACUCUUCUGUAAUUUACUUUAUUUAUAUUGCCUUUUAGAUGAUAUCUAUGUACAUAUUAUAACUCAAAAAUGUGUACCACAUAAUUUUUACGUAUCUAAGCACUUGAUAAGGACCGAAACCAAUGGUUGAAACGUUGUGCGCUAUUUGUUGAAUUUAUUUGAGGCCAGUUAGGUCAAACGUAAUAAUUAUAUUCUUUUUUCUUUUGUAAUCACUGGUGAAUAAAUAAUCAUUUUAUUUAUUAUUAUUUUUUUUAUUGCUUUAUAAUUGUGUGUCCAUAUGUAUAAGUACAAGUUAUACAUUAUAUUACAAAACUUAUAUAUUGUAACUAUUCUCUGAUUAUAUACCCUACUUUUUGCAACAGUAUUAUUAAUAUGUGUAAUUGUACUAAGAAAUUAGCAUUUAAUUAGAAGAACAAAUAAUUCAAAAAAUUUUUACUCUAUUAAUUAAUUAACAUACAUUAUAUGUUUAAAAGUAGCUGUUUUGUUACAAAUAUUUUAAUGAAGUUAUUACUUGCAGUUUACAACAUUCAUAAGCUCGAAAUGUACUUUCAACUUUAUAAUUAAAGUUGGCUGUAAUUUGUCUAUUUUUAUUCUUUGUAUAAUAACAUAUAUCGCUUUUGCAGUGAAUACCAACGCUAUAAAAAAUUUAUUGAUGCAAAUUGAACAUAUAUUUGACGAAUUAAAAGAUGAACCUGAGAACGUCAUCAUAAAAAAGUAUGGCCAGAGUGCAAAACGAUAUGCAGUUAUGCUUAUAAUACUUGCUUUUUGUGGCAUAUGUAUUUUUACUGUCGUUCAAUUUUUGUCGAUUAUUCUUGACACUGUUUUACCGAGGAAUGGGUCUCGAUUGCAUCAUGGGCUGAUUGUAACAGAAUAUUUUAUUAAUAAAGAAACGUUUUUCUAUUUAAUUGAGCUACAUAUGUGUGCAGCUUUGUACAUUGGAAUUAUUUCAUUAGUAUCGACGGGAACACUAAUCAUUGCAUAUUUGCAAUAUGUCUGUGGAUUGUUCAAAAUCUCUAGCUAUCGUAUUGAACGUGCAAUGGACUUUAAUUUGCUACAUAAUAUCACUUUAAAAAAUGAGAAUUUGAUAUUUGAAAGAAUAAUAUAUGCAGUGAAUAUUCAUCGACAAGCCAUGAGAUUAAGCAAACUAAUGAUGACUAAAAUCGAGAUAAUGUGUUGCUGUUUAAUAAUAACUGGAGUGAUUGGUUUAAGCUUUAGUCUUUUUCGAAUAUUUCAAAUAGUAUCGUCCGAAGAAAAUCUCAAGGAAAAAUUGAUGCCCUUUCUAGUUACAAUAUGUAUUAUCACUUAUAUGUUUGUAGCUAAUUAUAUCUGUCAAAAUGUAACAGAUCAUAAUAAUCACAUAUAUAUUACCGCAUACGAUGUUCAAUGGUAUAUGGCUCCGUUGCAUAUACAAAAAUUGAUAUUGUUUCUAUUGCAAAAUGGUACCAAAGACCUACCUUUACGUGUUGGUGUAUUAUUCACUGGAUCGCUAGAGGGGUUUGCUACG